GCCGCCGGAAGUGGCGUCAGCACGGCGCGCCGCCGGAUGUGAGGUCAGUGCGCAGCGGCAGCGGGCUGAGGCGGGAGCGGCGGUUGGAGCGGCCCGAGGGGACGGCGCCAUGUCCUCGACGUCACAGAAGCACCGGGACUUUGUGGCGGAGCCGAUGGGGGAGAAGCCGGUGGGGACCUUGGCCGGGAUCGGGGACGUGCUGGGCAGGAAACUGGAGGAGAAGGGCUUCGACAAGGCGUACGUGGUGCUGGGGCAGUUCCUGGUGCUGCGCAAGGACGAGGAGCUGUUCCGGGAGUGGCUCAAGGAGACGUGCGGGGCCAACGCCAAACAGAGCCGCGACUGCUCGGGCUGCCUGCGCGAGUGGUGCGACGCCUUCCUCUGAGCCCCCUCCCCGAAAAACGGCACCCCAAAACCCCCCCGAGCCCCUCCCUGCGCCCCAAAACCCCCCCGAGCCCCUCCCUGCGCCCCAAAACCCCCCGAGCCCCUCCCUGCACCCCAAAUCCCCCAAACUCCCGGCGAGUUCCAGCUGCCAGGCGCUCCUUGGAGAAGCUUGGGGCUCCCCAAAACCAUCCUGCGGGACCCCCCCGAGUUCCUCAAGGACACCAAAACCACCCCGGGGACCCCAAAACCACAUUUGGGGAUCCCAAAACCACCCCAGGGACCCCAAAACCACCCCAGGGACCCCAAAAUCACAUCUGGGGAUCCCAAAAGUGUCCCAAUCUCCUCACCAACCCUCUCCCCCCCCACCUAUGGGACCCCCAAGCCGGUGCUGCCACCCCCAAAACUCAUCCCGGGGUGGGGGUCCCAUGGUGCCACCCCUCCCCCAUCACCCCAAAACCAGCUGGGGGGGCUGAGGGGGUCCCCACCUCCCCCUCCCCCCACCACAGGGUGGGAUUUUGGGGUGUCGCCCUCGCAGGGAGGUUUGUGUUCAUUUGGGGUGCCCUCCCUCCCCCCACCCCCGCGCCAUUAGUGUUACUUUGGGGUGCCCCCACCCCCCCCCGCCCUCCGCGGGGGGAUCGGUGUUAUUUUGGGAGUGCCCCCCCGCCCCCCGAGUUUGUUUCUAAAAUGAUUUUCUAAACAAUAAAGGUUUUGCUGUGCUGCA